GUGGCGGAAGUGGCGGCCGCUGUUUUGAAAUCAGACCGCCCGAGUCUCACAAGCUCCUACUUACGCCGAGGCCUGAGGUCGAGCAGCGUCGGGGGACAUCCCCGACACCUAUCCUCCAGCCCUGCUGACCUGACGCCGCUGCCACGCCAUGUCCACCCCUCCGUUGGCGGCGUCGGGGAUGGCGCCCGGGCCCUUCGCCGGGCCCCAGGCCCAGCAGGCGGCCCGAGAGGUUAACACUGCAUCGCUCUGCCGAAUCGGGCAGGAGACGGUCCAAGACAUCGUGUACCGCACCAUGGAGAUCUUCCAGCUCCUGAGGAACAUGCAGCUGCCAAAUGGUGUCACUUACCAUACUGGAACAUACCAAGACCGGUUAGCAAAACUACAGGAUCAUCUUCGCCAACUUUCUAUUCUCUUCAGGAAGCUGAGAUUGGUCUAUGAUAAAUGCAAUGAAAACUGCGGAGGGAUGGAUCCCAUUCCAGUAGAGCAACUUAUUCCAUAUGUGGAAGAAGAUGGCUCAAAAGAUGACCGGGCUGGCCCACCUCGUUUUGCUAGUGAAGAGAGGCGAGAAAUUGCAGAAGUCAAUAAAAAACUCAAACAGAAGAAUCAACAGCUGAAGCAAAUUAUGGAUCAAUUACGAAAUCUCAUCUGGGAUAUAAAUGCCAUGUUAGCAAUGAGGAACUAAACUGAUAUUUAAAUUUCCGGCUUUACACAUGUUAUACCGUUUUUUUUGCUCUCAAGUAUUUUUUCCCUUUGAAGAAGAUUAUUUAUCAGCUUUCAGUCUAGUCACUAGAAUUAAAGUUUCUAUUUUUUACACUGUGGUUUUACAGUAAA